UUUCAUUGGUGGAUAAAGAUCAGCAGAUGUCAAAGUUUCUGAACUGCCAAAAAACAUAAACAAGAUCGUAGUUUGUGCUGUUCUUUAUUUUUAUUUAUUUUUAAAUGAUUAUAUACAACUAUGGAGCAAGACGAAUUAUUUUCAAAUUCAGAAGGGUUUAAUAUACGCGAUAUUGCUGAAAUUGAAGACUUUCUCAAUAGUUGUGAUGGGGAUUUCAUGAGAAAACUCGAAGAAGAGUUAACUGCAGUCGACAGCGAUUCAGGAUUACUAAGCGUAGACACUUCGAUUAAAUCUGAAAGUCCUACAAACUCUCAGGCAUCUCCAUAUUCAAGCAGCACUGGAAAUCCUCUUUUUUCUCAAUUCUCGCAUACUGUUAAGCAAUCUCCGCAAAACUCGCCUAGUGCAAAAUCGAGCCCUGUUCAGGGAGUUUAUGGCCGAGAGGAAGGAUAUACUUUGAGGCCUAAAACUGAAAGUACACCAUCACCUGAUCUAAAUAAACAUGGACAGAGAAGGAUGCCUACUCAGACACCUAUGAUCGUCCAGCAGGUUGUACAGAGUCCUGUGUAUGUUAAUUUAGCUCCUGGUACCCUUCACCAGCUUUCUGAUGGUAGAGGUUCCCUUGUGCAGUUAGAUGGAGUUCAACAAUUGAAGCAAACUAAACAAACUCCACAGCCUACCCAGCCUUUGCUACUUCAAAAUAAUACGAAAGGAGUUACUCCAUUGAUUUUAAAGAGUGAUGCAAACUUUUCUCCAGUAAUAUUGCAGUCGAAAAUAAUUAAUCCUGAGACACAAACAUUGAUGUAUACAAGUGCCCCAGUACAAGGAACAGCACAAAACAUAAUUACAAAUGCAAAGUCAGAAAGUAGACCAAUACACACAUUUUUUACCAGUAAUAAUGGACCAGCCUUGCUCACAACUGGUAUACCAGUAGUUCUUGAGGGAGACAAAAUAGCACUCAGUCAGGCACCCAACAUUGGACCACCGAAGGUAAAAGAGGUAAAGAGGAGUGCCCAUAAUGCAAUCGAGAGAAGGUAUCGCACAAGUAUUAAUGACAGGAUUAUAGAACUGAAAAACAUGCUUGUUGGGGAGGAUGCUAAGUUAAACAAAUCAGCAAUAUUAAGGAAAACAAUAGAUUACAUCAAGUAUCUACAGAACCAGAAUGCUAGAUUGAAGCAAGAGAAUAUGGCUCUCAAACUGACAUGCCAAAAGUCUGGUGUGAAAGAACCCACAUUUGAGGGAGCUUACACACCUCCACACAGCGACAUCUCCUCACCUUAUCCAUCACCUCAUGGUUUGGAUAGUGAUUCACCAUCUUCUCCAGAAUACAAGGUAGAAGAGAAAUAUUCAAAAGUGGUAAUGGGAAUGGGAGACCAUUCACGCUUGGCAUUAUGCGCUUUUAUGGUCGGCCUCAUAGCCUUCAACCCUUUUAGUGCCUUCUUUGGAAGUUUUACAUCCGAGUCAACAUCGAAGGACUUCUCUGCACGAGUAGACCAUAGAAGGAUUUUAGCAGAUAAUGAUAAUGGCUAUAGUACUGGAUCUUUGGCAGCAUGGUUCUUCAACACAUUUUUCAUUUACUUGGUGAACUUUAUUAUCCUCGGCGGAUGUCUCGUCAAGUUGCUUGUUUAUGGUGAUUCAGUACCCAAAUCACAAUCCAAAGAGGCAGGAAUAUUUUACAAACACAAACGACAAGCUCAAGAAUUCUUGAAAAAGGAUGAUACGACGAAUGCCCAGUUGGAGUUCCAUCGAGCGUUAGCAGUAUGUGGAAAAAGCGUACAAGCGAGAAGUCAAGGGCGUGCGAAGUACACGGCUUUGAUAUCAGCUAUAUUACGUCAAAUACUACAACGGUUACCGUUCGGCGGCUUCCUUGCACGUAGGGCUGGCGAUUUGUGGAGUGACAGUCCGGCAAGAAGAGCAACUCAACACUGGGCAGCUGAAGUGGCGGGCGUCUCGCAUCGUCUAGCGCAACUGGCCAUCUUGUCCUCAGACCGGGGGCGAAGCGAGCGCAUACUCCUCGCAUUGCAAGCUGUGAACUUAGCGGAGGUCGCAGGAAACAGGCAUCUGUUGGCAGAUACGUACGUCACGGCGGCGUUGGUGUUUAAGGAUCAUAUUCCUAAGAUAGGAAAUUGGCUUUGUGGGUACUACCUCCGCCGCGUGCGCAUCACUUGCACGGAGUGGUGGCAACAACCGCCCGUGCGCCUGCGCUGGGCGAGCGGCGCGCGCGGCGCGGCCUUCGCGCGCGGCCGGCGCUGGAGCUACGAGCGCGCGCACGCGUCCGCCGCAACGUUCUGCCGCCUGCCCGACCCCGUCGACCCGCUGGCCUAUGCUAUGAGGGCUUAUCAUUUAGAACUCCUUCAAAAGAGCCUUCAAAUGUUGCUGUGCGCGGACGAGCGUAGCAACACCCGUGACGUGUUGGAACUCGUCAAACUUAUAACUGAUGACGUUUCCACUGACGCACCGCAUCAUACCGGUUGUUGGGAUCCUGUAAUGGAGUGGUGGGCGAAUAUCGUAGGCGUGGCUGCAACUUGGCUGUUGGCAGACACCAAAAAAGCCGCCGAAAUCGGGGAUAGACUUAAUGUGCUGCCUGAAGCGUUGGUUAAUUGCGAAGAUCCACUUCCAGGGGCUCUGCACAUGGCAUACAAAAGCAGACGCGGCCUGUUGAGCCUCGCACAGUGUCGAGAUGAUAACGCUAUUGAGAGGACGUCGGAGACCAUACUCAAGGUGUGUGAUAUGGCUGGAACCAAGUUAGCAGACUCCCUGGCGUAUUACUGUUGUCGGAAACCAACUCAGCUUAUGAUGCUGAUGCAGGUUCUAUGCUGCGAUUGGGUGCUAGAAGUCCGCGCGGGCGUAUGGGAAGCCGCCUCUAAAAGCGGCCCAGCGCCGCCCGAACAACUUCGCGCAUUCCAGACUGACUUGCAUUCACUACGACGCCUUUCGCAAAACUUGCCGUGGGUGACAUCGCGCGUGUUCCUUCACUCUGCGGUGUGCCGCAUGAUGGCGGGCGCGGCGCCGCGACGCACUCAACAACUAUUGGACGGCAGUCUGCGUCCGCGCUUCAAUCGUUCUUCUAUUAUCUGUGGGAAAGAGCGCGUAGUUGAAGGCGGUGGCGGCGAAGGCGAGCGCGCGGUAGCUCUGUACAUGGCGUGCAAGCACCUGCCGCGCCCCGUGCUGGCGGCGCCGGGCGAGCGCGCGGGCAUGCUGGCGCAGGCGGCGGCCACUCUGCAGCGCAUCGGCCACCGCAGCCGCCUGCCGCACUGCUACCAUCUCAUGAAGUCGUUCGGCUCUCUCCCGGCGGCACCCUGACAUAAGCGAUCGCAUAAAGACUGAUUCCUCACCCCUCAGAUAGCUUGACGGUUGAUUUGACAGGAACAUUGUCGAGUUAUUAGCUGGUCUGAGGUUUGUGGUGUUAGUAGUACAAGUCCGAUCCAAAUAAGACGGUGAAAGAGUGUCAGAUUUACAUGAUGCUCACAGUACAGUCGCAUGAAGAGAAACGUGUCUCCUCCACCAACACGACAGGAGUCAAGUUUCUCUGCAAGCGACAGUUCAUCAUUUUAUACAAUCACAAUGAGAUUUGUAAUAAACUAGAAGGCACAUUUUGUAUAAAAGUGACAGAUUGCAAGGCAAAACCAUCGUCUAUAAUGAAAUCCAUGCCUAACUUUUUAUAAUCUACGCGUAAAGCAAUAUGUUUCCAGUAUAAGAGCUGUCUUACGUCCACUUGUUUUUCUUUAUUUAAUGAAGAUUAACUUUGAUGUAAGCUGUUUAAAAUUAGGUUUUAUAGUAUCAUAGAACUAUUUCGCCGCCCUCUAGUUUUUAGUUAAAAUUUGGCCCUUUUCUAUCUCAUGAAUCCAUGAUAUAAAACAUUUUUUUACUUAGGAUACAGAAUAAAAGGUGGCGUUAUAGAUAAAAUUCACAUGUUAUAGAUAAAAUCACAGCGAUUAUGAAAAAGAUUAUGAAUAAACCAGAUGAAUGUUUUUUUUAAUUAUUGUUAUUUACCAUUAUUUACUGAGAGUGAAUGAAAUAAGUUACAAUAUGUCAAAUAAGUAGUAUUUCUACUGUAAAAAUCUUGUUUUUAAUAUUAAGCUUUAGUUUGGUUUUAGCUGUAAGCGAAAGUAAGAAAAUAUAGUUUUCUUAAAAAUAA